AUGGCCUUGUUGAACCUCGCUAGGACGCUGGCGCUCGUCAGCCUCCCGCUUCCACCCAGCGAGGAUCCCUGGUACACUGCGCCCGACGGCUAUGAGGACGCCGCACCUGGAGAGAUCCUCCGCAACCGGACUGCCCCAGGAAAUCUGGUGUCCGUUGUUGGAUCCAACUGCUCCGCGGCAUACAACCUCCUCUACCGCACGACGGCAAGCCAGGGCAAUGUCACCUUCGCCGUGACCACCGUGCUGGUGCCCCAGAGCGAUGUGGCGACCAACGCCGUCCUCUCCUACCAGAUCCCCUACGACUCGGCCUGGAUCGACGCCAGUCCCAGCUACGCCCUGUACGAGAGCGUCCCCUCGGACAUCAAGAUCGCCCUGGGCAAGGGCUACUUUGUCAUCGUGCCAGACUACGAGGGACCCCUCGCGAGCUUCACCGCUGGCCACAUGUCUGGGUACGCCACGCUGGACAACGUUCGUGCGGCCCUGAACGCUGCCGACCUGUACGAUCUGCCUGACGACCCUUACUAUGCGGUCUGGGGCUACUCGGGCGGCGCCCUGGCCUCCGAGUGGGCUGCGGAGCUGCAGCUGGACUAUGCUCCUGAGCUGGACUUUGCCGGUGCCGCGCUGGGCGGGCUCACUCCUAAUGUGACCAGCGUGCUCCUCCAAAUCAACGCGAAAAUCUCUGCUGGCCUUGCUCCGCCCGCCAUCCUUGGUCUCCUGAGCCAGUGGCCCGCAACCCAGGACUAUGUCUUCUCCCAGUUCACCACCAACACCAAGGGCAUCUACACCGAGGCCAACUUCAUGGCGGCCGAGAACUACACCCUCUCGGACGACGAGUCGUCCUACGAGCUCCAGGACAUCUUCCUCUACUUCCAGAACGGCGAGGAGGUCCUGACCGGCGCCGAGGUCUCGGCCGUCGUCGACCAGGACGGCGUCAUGGGCCUCCACGGCGUGCCGCAGAUGCCCGUCUUCGCGUACAAGGCCAUCCAGGACCAGAUCAGCCCCAUCGCCGACACCGACGCCCUGAUCGCACAGUACUGUGCCGCCGGCGCCAACAUCCUGUACGAGCGCAACACCGUCGGCACCCACGGCAGCGAGGCGCUCUACGGCGACCCCGCUGCUACCGCCUGGCUGGAUGCUGUGCUCACGGGCACGUACGCCGAGACGUAUAGCACCACCGGGUGCACUAUUGAGAACGUCACUGUCCAGACGUCCCGGUCUUUUGAUAGUGACACGCGCAGGGCUCGGGGUUCGAGGUUGUUAUUCGAAUAG